AACAGCAAUGGCUUCUUUAAACGAUUUGAGGCAGACUGCUUUGACCUGUAGAGGUCACACUCGACCUGUGACCUAUUUGGCAUUCAGUGACGUCACGGCUGACGGAUACUUCUUGGCCAGUGCGUGCAAAGAUGGACGAGCGAUGUUGCGACUGGGUUCAACUGGAGACUGGAUCGGGACCCUGGAGAAGCACAAGGGGGCAGUGUGGUCCAUUGCUCUGAACUCACUCGCCACUCGGGCAGUGACUGCCUCUGCUGACCACACUGUGAAGAUAUGGGACUUGCUGAAUGGAAACGAAAUCCACCAACUUGAUCACAAGGGCAUCGUGAAGUCAGUUGCGAUGUCGAAGAAUUCAAACCGGGUGAUAACGUGCGGCCAGGACAAAAAUAUCUUGAUGUACCGUCUGGAUCGCAUCACUCAGUCCAGCCCGGAGGAGUUUGAGGGUCCUGAGGUUGGUUCGCGUCAUGUGAUCUAUGGACCCUCGGAAAGGGAGAUUUAUGUUGCAAGCGAGGACGGCGGACUCACCUUGACCGAUCUUAGAACUGGAAGUAUUGUGUCGACACACACGUUUCCUGACGUCAUCAAGGACAUGCGCUUCAACCCUGCCAAGAACAGUCUGUUGUUGUGCCACGGACUCCAGGCGGAUGAGUGGGACAUCCGGACAACAUCAGUGUCGAAGAGCUUCAAAGUGAAUUCAGGAGUGCUAAGUGGAGAUUAUCACCCAACCGAGAACAUAGUCACUUUGGGUUGCGAUGACCACAAGCUCUACAAAUACUCCUCCUUCGACACCGAGAACUUCGAAAUCAGUCGAGGUCAUUUUGGACCAAUUCAUGCCGUUCGAUACUCGCCGGACGGAGAACUUAUCGCCAGCGGAUCGGAAGACGGCACUGUGCGUCUUUGGCAACACAACGUCGGCAAAACUUAUGGACUGUGGAAGGGCGUGUUCAACGGUACACUGCCUUCGAGCUAUGCAAUAAGCGGAACCACCCGCUACAACAGCGCAGCGCCACCGUUCGUGCCGUCGGGACUGGUGACCGGCGGGGCGGUUGACGAGGCAUUCUGCGAGGAGGACGAAGAAGCAGAUAUCUCGAACAGUAUUUCGCUGCCAGAUAAGGACUCGCAGAAUAACGAGGAUACUCUGAAUGAUCAAGUGGUUGGAGCUGAUAAACUGGCUGCAGGCGACAAUGAUAAGGAAUCGGACGAGGCGAAGAAAGAUGCGCCGAGUGCUUUCGGAGAUGUGCCUUCAGCUGAGAAAGAUAAAGAUGUCGCGGCUGAAAAAGACAAGAAUGAAAAAGAAAACACUGCUUAGCCUGUCCGGACUCGUGAUGAAGAAAACGUAUUAAAUGUUGAUUUACACAAACAAUUGCCAGUUUUUUGUUGUUUUACUGCUUAUUUAAAGUCACAGCCCAGCUCUGACAUGAAAUUAUUUCAAAAGUGAGUUAAUUUGACCUAAAUUUGAAUUUUUGGCUAAAGCCUUAACGUAAAGCUACACUCAUUUAUUUAUUGUAGCUCUACAAAUCAUUUACAUGCAAAGUUCUCACUUUGUUAAUUUGACCUUUGUUUUUCUGUUAAUAUUUGUAGCGUGCAGUCUAAAGGUAGCUUGAGUUUCAGCAGGUGUUUGAUUGACCUUCAAAAGGAACUUCCGUGGGUUACUUGCCAUUGAUGGAGUGAUAACUAGUUGUAUUCCAGUUUAUAAAUAUAACUUUAAAAAUUCUCAACCAAACGAGGUGCUAUGUAAAUUAGAUGAUCUACUCCUUUGAUAUUUUAUUGCCUCGCAAAUUAUAAAUUGAAUUCAAUUUUGU